AUGGCAGACCCCCGCGAGACCUGGCAGAAGCUGCAGACCGCUAUCCAGCAGCAAGGACGGAGAGGGUUCGGCGCUGGCGGACCGGCUGGCGGAAGAGCUGCUGGUGGUAUCGGAGCCUUGAUUGCGCUGGGACUUGGAGGCUAUGUGCUCUCAAAUUCUCUGUUUAACGUUGACGGUGGUCACCGAGCAAUCAAAUACACAAGAAUAGGUGGUGUGAAGAAAGAGAUAUACAACGAAGGCACCAAGGAUCUGCAGAUGGUCAAUAUAACCUGCCGUGUGCUAUCACGACCGCGAGUCGAGGCUCUUCCACAGAUUUACCGUACCCUCGGAACUGACUUUGAUGAGAGAGUUCUUCCAUCCAUUGUUAACGAGGUUUUGAAGAGUGUGGUGGCCCAAUUCAACGCUAGUCAGCUUAUCACACAGCGAGAGAGCGUUGCUCGUCUUGUACGAGAAAACUUGGCCAGACGUGCAGCACGCUUCAAUAUAAUGCUUGAUGACGUUUCUCUAACGCAUCUUGCCUUCUCUCCCGAGUUCACUGCUGCCGUUGAAGCCAAACAAGUUGCCCAACAAGAGGCCCAGAGAGCCGCCUUCAUUGUUGACAAGGCUCGCCAGGAGAAACAGGCCACUGUCGUCAGAGCACAGGGUGAAGCUCGAUCUGCCCAGCUUAUCGGAGACGCCAUCAAGAAGAGCAAGAGUUAUGUUGAACUACGAAAGAUCGAGAACGCCAGAAAUAUCGCCCACAUCCUUCAGGAAGCUGGUGGAAAGAACAAGAUGUACCUUGAUUCCGAAGGUCUGGGCCUGAAUGUUACAGCUCAUGGUGAUUCGUCUGAUUAA